AUGAAGUUCAUUACCGCAACUAUUACUACCGCCAUCUUGGCCGGCAAUGCCCUCGCGGCGCCUGGAGGUUCUGGUCUUGCUGCCCGCCUGGAGGCUCGUGGUGUCCUCACUCGCCAGUCACUCCCCAAGAUCGACAACUCCGACGAAGUGAACGGCGUCCUUCUCAAGGAAGGCUCCAGCUCGGCCAAGGUCCAGUAUAGCAAGAACUGGGCUGGUAUUGUCCGCGAGAAACCCCCUGCCAGCGGUACUUACAAUAUCGUCUCCGCAACCUUUACCGUGCCAGACCCUACGGCCACCGAUGACUCCGGAGACACUCAAGCUGCCUCGGCCUGGGUUGGUAUUGAUGGCGAUACCUAUACCAAGGCUAUUCUUCAGACCGGAAUUGAUGCCUAUGUUUCGAAUGGCGACGAGAAGUCCUACGACGCCUGGUAUGAGUGGUAUCCCAACCCAGCGGAAAACUUCGAGAUCGAUCUCUCUGCCGGCGAUGUGAUCGUCGCCACAGUUGAAUCCAACUCGCCCAGCGAGGGCGUCGCUAUUAUUGAGAACAAGUCCUCCGGAAAGAGUGUGACUAAGACUCUCUCGGCUCCUUCUACUUCUGCCACUCUUGGUGGACAAAAUGCCGAGUGGAUUGUUGAGGACUUCAACAGUGGUAACUCCAUGGUGCCUCUAGCCAACUUUGGUGAAAUCACUUUCACCGGUGCCCAGGCCAAGGGUGGUGACAGCGAGUAUGGCGUUAACGAUGGCUCGAUUCUGGAUAUUCAACAGAACGGACAGGUGCUGGCGCAUGUCGAGGUUGAGAGUGAUACUGAGUUUACUGUCACUUAUGAGUAA